GGUGCUACAAUGAAUUGCACUGCAAGUCAAGAAUGGUACUAUGCACAGAUCAAGCAGUGUGUAAUGGUGAUGUAUCCUGCAUGCAAGAUAAAUAGAAAAAUGUAGAAAAAAAAAAGAGGAGGCAUCGAGCUCUGUAUAGCAGAGAGGUUCUCUCUCUCUCUGACUGGGACUGCAACCUCCCUGACUUCUCCACCUCACAAUGUCAAAGAAAGGUUCAAGCAGCAGAGCUAAGGGAGACAAACCUGAUGCCUUUGCUUCUUUACAAUCUGCUAAUGAAGACCUACGAGCCAAGCUCACUGAGAUUCAAAUCGAGCUCCAACAGGAAAAGAGUAAGGUCAACAAACUAGAACGAGAGAAAAACCAGGAAAUCCGACAAAUCCGUGAGCACGAACAGCAUAAAAACAUUGUCAUUGUGACCGAAUUGAAGGCCAAACUUCAUGAGGAGAAAAUGAAGGAACUACAGGCUGUCAGAGAAUCGUUAUUAAGACAACAUGAGUUGGAGUUGGUAAGGGUUAUUAAGAUAAAGGAUGCUGAAAAUCUAAGACUACAAACAAUUGUAAAUGCUUUACGGGACGGAGCACCAGAAAAAGUUAAAACCGUUCUUUACAGUGAGGCAAAAGAGGAAGCCAAAAAGGGUUUUGAGUUUGAGAAAAUCAAAAUGCAACAAGAGAUUUUUGAACUGAAAGGAGCUAAGAAACAAGUGGAAGAAGCUUUGACUGUGGUUAUUCAAGCAGAUAAAAUGAAAGCUGCGGAAAUAAGGAGUGUAUAUCACUUGCACCAGGAAGAGAUCUCCAAAAUUAAGAGGGAAUGUGAGCGAGAAAUUCGUCGAUUGAUGGAUGAAAUAAAAUUAAAAGACAGAGCAGUCUUCGUGCUGGAAAAAGAGUUAGGGGUCCAAGCCGGGCUUGCUCAGAGACUUCAACUCCUAAAGGAGGCUCUAGAUGAGCAGCUUAUCCAGUUUAAAGAAUCUGAUCGGCAUCUGAGUAGCCCAAAGCGAGAACUUCCUUAUGCAAGUGGUGCAGGAGAAGCCUCAGAUCAUUCAGGAAGUCCUGAACAGCAGUUGGAUGAAAAGGAUGCGCGUCGAUUUCAACUAAAAAUUGCAGAAUUAAGUGCAAUUAUCCGCAAACUAGAAGAUCGAAAUGCUUUACUAUCUGAAGAAAGAAAUGAGCUGGUGAAACGUCUAAGAGAAGCAGAGAGCCAAUACAAACCUAUUUUGGACAAAAAUAAACGAUUGAGUCGGAAAAAUGAUGAAAUGUCCCAUUCUUUGCGCAGAAUGGAAAACAAGUUAAAGUUUUUAAUGCAAGAGAAUAUAGAAAUGAGACAAAAAGUUGGCACUAUUAGGAGACCAAGCUCGUUGAACGAUCUCGACCAAAGCCGAGAAGAGCGAGAGAUUGACUUUCUUAGGCUUCAGAUAACUGAACAACAAAUCAUAAUAGAUGAACUUUCUAAGACUCUGGAAACGGCUGGUUAUGUCAAGAGUGUAAUUGAUCGAGAAAAGCUUUUAAGGUUUAGAAAGCAAAGGAAAAAAAUGACAAAGCUCCCAAAGCCUGUUGUGGAGACAUUUUUUGGAUAUGAUGAAGAAGCUUCCCUGGAUUCAGAUGGUUCGUCUAUUUCAUACCAAACUGAUCGCACAGAUCGCACACCUUGCACUCCAGAUGAGGAUGUAGAAGAGGGUAUGGCCAAAGAAGAGACUGAGCUGAGAUUUCGCCAGCUGACCAUGGAGUACCAAGCUUUACAACGUGCCUAUGCACUCCUACAAGAACAAGUUGGUGGAACGCUUGAUGCAGAGCGAGAAGUUAAGACUCGGGAACAGCUGCAAGCAGAUAUAAAUAGAUAUCAAACAAGAAUAGAGGAUCUGGAAAAAGCAAUGUCUGAGCAGGGCCAGGACAUGAAAUGGAUUGAGGAAAAACAGGCAUUGUACAAAAGAAAUCAGGAAUUUGUAGAAAAGAUUAAACAGAUGGAGACGGAUGAAGCAAAGCUACGGCAUGAUGUACAGGAUGUGAAAGACCAGAAUGAACUACUGGAAUUUCGAAUUCUUGAGCUUGAAGAGCGGGAAAGGAGAUCACCUGCCAUCACAUUUCACCAUAUUCCCUUUCCAGAAGGAAAAAGUCCUCUGCAAGUAUAUUGCGAAGCUGAAGGUGUUACAGAUAUCAUUGUUUCUGAGCUGAUGAAAAAAUUAGACAUCCUAGGGGAUAACGCCAGUUUGGCAAAUGACGAACAAGUGGUUGUUAUACAAGCAAGAACAGUCCUAAAUUUGGCUGAAAAGUGGCUUCAGCAAAUAGAGGUGACUGAAUCCGCUCUACAGCAAAAGAUGAUUGACAUUGAGAAUGAGAAAGACCUGUUCACGAGGCAGAAAGGAUAUUUAGAUGAUGAGUUGGAUUUCCGGAAAAAAUCUUUGGAUCAGGCUCAUAAGCAUAUAUUGGAACUGGAGGCUAUGUUAUAUGACGCCUUGCAACAGGAGGCUGGGGCUAAGAUGUCUCAGAUCCUUUCAGAAGAUGAAAGGGAAAAGUUGAAGUGUGCAGUGGACCAGUGGAAACGACAGGUGAUGAGCGAGCUUCGAGAAAGAGAUGCUCAGAUAUUGCGUGAGAGAAUGGAAAUCAUUCAACAUGCUCAACAGAGGGUAAAAGAGUUAGAAGAAAAAAUUGAAUUUCAGAAGAGGCAGAUUAAAGAGUUAGAAGAGAAGUUUUUAUUUUUGUUUUUAUUUUUCUCUUUAGCUUUUAUACUUUGGUCAUAGACCCUCUGCACAAUAUAGAAGCUUGUACGGGACUAUGAAGCCACGUCUGCAGAGAAUUGAUUAAAUGGUAACUGAUGCACAAAAGACCAGAUAUGUAUUAUUCAUAA